AUGACGCUUAUACACGUGGUCCUCUUCAAGUUCCGCUCCGAUGUAUCCUUAGAGCACAAGGCAGAAUUUGUUACGGAGCUCAAAAAACUCAAGAGUCUCCCCUGCGUCAAAGAUGGCCGACUCAUCAUCGGUGGCCCCUCUGUCACAGACCCCAUCGAACGGAGUAAAGGAUUUGAAUUCUGCUUGAUCAGCUAUCACGAGAAUCUGAAGGCGCUGGAGGAAUACCAAGCGAGCAAAGAGCACCACUGGUAA